ACUCCGCCGACGACAAUAUCCUGGCCCAUCGCCCUUCCUCUCCCUUCGCGCUGGCUCUUCUCCACGACCACGUGCCGCUCGGUAAUCCCCUCCGCCGGCCCGUUCGAGCCGCUCCGCCCGCCUCCCCCGUCCUCGCUCGGCGCACCCCGCGCAGCCCGCAGCUUCCGGCGCACCCGUCGCUGGGCCCGGCGCCUCCUCGUGCUCGCCGUGCUGCUCGGCGCGGGCUACCUGAUCGACCGGCAGGUGUACGCGUCGGGGAUCGCGCGCUCGCUGCGCACCUUCGGGAUGGGCCUGCUGGUCGCGGCAGACUACAAGCUCAACUUCCGGCCCGAGCCGCUGCCGCUGGUCGGCAGCGCCGGCGGGAUCCCCGAGCUGCACCGCCGCAGCGCCGAGCGCCUGUUCCGCCUGCUGCGCGAGAACGGCGGGCUGUACCUCAAGAUCGGCCAGGCCAUCGCCAUGCAGAGCGCCUUGCUGCCGCCGGAGUUCCAGCGCAUGUUCGCGCGCAUGUUCGACGACGCGCCGCAGGACCCGUGGGAGGCUGUCGAGCAGGUGAUACGGGAGGAUUUUGGCGGCCGGAGUGUCGAGGACGUGUUUGGGGUGAGCUUUGCCGGGGUGGAGGGGAAGGGCGUGAUGGAGCGCACCGCGAGAGCGAGCGCAUCCGUGGCGCAGAUCCAGAAGCCCGAGAUUGCGAAGCAGAUCGGGUGGGAUCUCUGGGCAUUCAAGGUCGUCAUGAAGGUGUACACGUGGUGGUUCGACCUGCCGCUGUAUUCCUUGGUGCCGUUUAUAGCAGAGCGGUUGAUGCUCGAGACCGACUUCGAGAACGAGGCGAAGAACUCGGAAAUUAUGCGCCAGCUGGUCAACAGCGAACCCAGCCUCCGUGGCCGGGUCUACAUUCCACCCGUGUAUCCCGAGUUGAGCUCCAAGCGGGUCCUCACGGCGGAGUGGAUCGAAGGCGUGAGGUUAUGGGAUAGGGACGCGCUCACUCAACCUUGGUUGGGAGGUUACCAAAACGGCUCGAUGGGAGCACAUGGCUCGCAGUUGGCCCCCCCGGAUAUGGAAGCGAUACGCCGGGAGCUGCGAGAGAACCCACACAGCCAGAAACUCAAACCGGAGCGCACAGAAUGGCGUGGGCGCCGUGGCAAGGGAGGAUUAGGUGUGUCCACCAAGGACGUAAUGACCAUUAUGGUCGAUCUGUUUUCAGCUCAGAUUUUCAAAUGGGGCGUCGUGCACUGCGAUCCGCAUCCGGGCAACAUCUUCAUCCGACGCCUACCAAAUGGGCUGCCGGAAUUGGUCCUGAUCGACCACGGACUAUACGUCUACAUGAGCGACAAGUUCCGGCACGAGUACGGCGUCUUCUGGAAGGCGCUGAUGACGUUCGACAACAAGAAGAUCGCCGAGAUCACGCAGAAAUGGGGCAUCAAGGCAGCCGAUCUCUUCGCCUCGGCGACUCUCAUGCGGCCGUACGAAGGGGGCGAGCAGCAGCUCCAGAAGGGGAUGCUGGGCGCGCUGGACGACCAAAAGACGGCGAGCCAGCGGCACUUUGAGAUGCAGCAGCGGAUGAAGCAGGGCAUCCGCGACGUGCUGGCGGACGAGGAUAAGUGGCCGAAGGAGCUCAUCUUCAUCGGGAGGAACAUGCGCAUCGUGCAGGGCAACAACGCGUACAUGGGCUCGCCGGUCAACAGAAUCAAGAUGAUGGGCGAGUGGGCUAGCCGGUCGCUGUUCCAGGACCGGAACCUGCCUUGGCGUCAGAGGGCGAUCAAUAUCUGGCAGCAUCUCCUGUUCAAGGCGGUCUUGUUCCUGUCGGAUGUCGCCUUUUACUUUUUCAGGCUGAAGCAGCUGCUCGGCCGCGGUGGCGGGAUGGAGGACGAGGUGGAGGCGAGGCUGAAGACGGUGGCCAAGGAGUUUGGCGUCGAGCUUCAGCAUGACGUCUUUGAGGGCUGAGAGAAGCCGGCUUUUGUAUAUUAGCAUCCCACGCAACUAGAUCUAGACGGUUUUUGUGUAGAUAGGUAGAUACCCCUGGCACUCGGUCUUCGGUUAGAGCGGCGGCUCCAAACUCAAUC